AUGCAUGAAAUCCAAUCCUUCGUACUCCUCUCCAUCCUCUUUUGCUUAAUCCGUUACAUUUUAACCAAAACCGCCGCCAAGUCCGCCCUCCGCCUUCCUCCCAGUCCCCCAUCGCUGCCGCUCAUCGGCCAUCUCCACCUCCUCUCGCCGGCGCUUUACAACUCCUUCCGCCGUCUCUCCGAUCGCUACGGCCCGAUCCUUUACCUUCGUCUCGGCGCGUCCCCUUGCCUCGUCGUCUUGUCGGCGCCGAUCGCCGCCGAAAUCUUCAAGACGCACGACGUCGCUUUCGCCUCCCGUCCACCUCUGGCCUUCCCCGAUAAGGUGUACUACGGAAAAUCGGGGUUCGUCUCGGCACCGUAUGCCGAUUACUGGAGGUUCAUGAAAAUCUGCGUGACGGAGCUUCUCAGCCCCCGGCAACUGGAGCGGUCGCAGGGCGUCCGCCGAGAAGAAAUCCGGCGGCUUCUGUCGAGAAUCGCCGCCCAUUCUCGGCUGAAGGAGGCUGUGGAUAUCGGCGCUGAGCUUAUGAGAUUGACCAACAAUGCCACUUGCAGGAUGGUAAUGAGCACAACAUGCUCUGGAGAAAAGAAUGAGACGGAAAGAAUAAGGUAUUUAGUUAAGGAAGAAAUGGAGGUACUGGCAAAGUUAUGCUUUGGGGAUGUAUUGGGGCCAUUCAAAAUUUUGGGAUUCUUGCUUUAUGGGAAGAGGGCUCUUGACCUUGGCAGAAGCUUUGAUGAACUAUUCGAGAAGAUCUUGAAGAAACAUGAAGAGGAUCGACGCAAUAAUAAUCAAGCUCAGGAUUUGAUGGGUAUUCUCUUGGGAAUUCACCAAGAUCAUACUGCUGCAGUUAACAUCACAAGAACCCAUAUCAAAGCAUUUAUUAUAGAUCUAUUCAUGGCUGGUACAGAUACUUCAUCAGUAGCCAUCCAAUGGGGAUUAGCUGAACUAAUCAACCAUCCUGAAAUGUUGAAAAGGGUUAGAAAGGAGAUAGAAUCAGUGGUUGGAACAUCAGGAAGACUUGUUGAAGAAGAAGACAUUCCUCAACUCCCUUAUUUGCAAGCUGUUGUGAAGGAAACUUUGAGGCUCUACCCACCAGUACCAGUCGCAAUAAGAGAAUCUCGUCAAAGUUGCAAAAUUGGAGGCUAUGACGUGCCACCAAAAACAACCGUGGCAAUCAAUCUCUUUGCAAUUAUGAGAGACCCUCAAUUGUGGAGUGAACCUAACAAAUUUCGUCCCGAGAGGUUUUUGGCUUCGUCGUCGAAACAAGAACAAAUCGAGACCAACAAGGGACAAAGUUUCGACUUCAUUCCAUUCGGAGGAGGAAGGAGAGCGUGCCCGGACGCAACCUUCGCAUUUAGCAUGCUGAAUACAACAAUGGCUACCCUGGUACAGUGCUUUGAUUGGAAGAUGGUUGGAGAUGGGAAAGAAACUAAGAUUGGUAUGCAACCAGGACAAGGGUUGACUUUAGGAAUGGCCAAGUCUCUCUUGCUUGUUCCUGUGUUACAUUUUGAUCCUUUUGGUGCUUCUAUGUAA